CGGGCUUCCUCCUCCGAGGGAGGGCGGGGGAGGGGAGGGGGCUCGAGGCCCGGCGAAAGGGGGGAAAGGUGGUCCUGAGCCCCCCUCAGCCUUAGCUCGCAAAGCUAAUCCUGGCCUCCUGCGCAGACGCCUCAGCGCCCUCCUACAGACCUGAAGGCACCCCUAGCCAGGACCCCGGGCCGGGCCUGGUCUAGCGAGUCCCCUCUUCUCCCCGGGAGCGGCCGGCGGAGCUCCGGUGGAGGAAGAGAGGUGGAGACCUGGGAGGAUGCUGCCGCCGCCGCCGCCACCACCGCUGCAGGGCCCCGGGCUCCUGCAGAGCGCGAGGCCUCCCUCAGCAGGGUCCCUCCCACCCUCCCUCCCCGGAGCUCAGAAGCUCUCUUCGGAUGCAAGUGGGGAACCCAGUCCCGCAAAGGAACCGGAGCCCGCGGUGCAGAGGGGAGGAGCGUACCCCCAGGCUCACCCCUGGGGUCUCAGGACCCAGAGAGCGGAGAUCCACGCGGCCAGCGUCACCCACCCGAGCCUGGCGACAGGCGCGUCCAGGCGAGCUCCGCGGGGCCGAGGUGCCGGGAGAGCGGCCCCGGGCGCCCGCGCGCUGCCCGCCGAGGGAAACCCGCUCGGGCCAGGAGGAGCGGCGAGAGAUGUCGGAGAGGAGAUGCCCUCGGAGAUUACCCCCUCCCAGUCCGCCCCUACCGCCCGGCCGGGCCCUCCAGCUUCAAGGGAUCCUGGCCCUCCCUCUGCCGCUACCCUUUUCUUCCCCGUAGAGAAAAACCCUGAUGGUAGCGAGAUAAAAAUUGGGACUGCGCCCGGCCGCCGCCUCUCCCCAGCGGCCCCGGCUCGCGCUCGGCUCUCCGCCGCCUGCCACCUCGCGGACCCCGAGCAAUUUGUUACAUAAAACCAAACAACAACCACACACUUGUGUCUGCACACCCGCAGCGACGGACACCCAGGGAGAGCUCCGCUCGAGCGCCCUGGGCCACGUUUCUUUCUCCUCCUUCCAACCGCCGCACCCCCUCACCACCUCUAGUCCCGGCUGCCCAGCGGCCAGGAACAAAAAGCGGGGUUCGGACUCCAGAUCCGGGUCUUCCUUGGCCCGCUCGCUCGGUUACUCCCACCAUUAAGAAAAAGAGGUGAUCGGAAAUAUUUGGUCCGCACACAAAGACACACCACAAAAGGAAUGCACUUUUCUGUGCGAAAGGGCUGGAACACCGAGAAGGAGACCACACCUGAGCGCAGCCGAAAUGGUUAGAAUAACCGGCUGCCAGAGAGCACUGGGCCUUCGGACUCUGCCCCCACUACCUCAUCUGCAUCUCUAAUUCCCUGCUACCUCCCGCGGUUCCUGGCACAAACUGCCUUAACCUCCAGAAGAGGGGUCCUCAGCCACCCGGCUCCCGCGUACCUGCCCUUUUCCCAGGCCUCUCAGGGUGGCCCUGCGCUGCUGGGCGUCCACCCAGGGGCGCCCACUCCCACCCCUUCACUGCAUCCCCCGACUCACCCCCACCUCCUGUAUCCUUGGCAAAAAGGCAGGAUGAACAUAACAA